CAGUGCCGACGGUAGAGAAAGACCUUACUCCAGGGGCUUCCUCCUCACUGGGGAAUUGCCGGAAGGAGCAAACAAAAAAGGCGCUGGUGUAGGCUCCAAAAUAAACACAUCUGAAUUCAUGAUGGCAUCGACAGAGGCUCUUAUUGGAUUAAAAGUUUCAAAACAAACAAAAACGCUUUGGAAAAAGCAGGGUUGAAUGCCUGCCUACAGCCUCAGGCACAACCAUGGAGAAAGGAGGGAACAUACAACUGGAGAUCCCGGACUUCAGCAACUCUGUCCUGAGCCAUCUAAACCAGCUGCGCAUGCAGGGCCGUCUCUGUGAUAUCGUGGUCAACGUGCAAGGACAAGCUUUUCGGGCUCACAAAGUGGUACUAGCUGCCAGCUCCCCCUAUUUCCGAGAUCACAUGUCCUUGAAUGAGAUGAGUACUGUCUCCAUUUCAGUCAUCAAGAACCCUACUGUUUUUGAACAGCUCCUUUCUUUCUGUUAUACAGGGCGGAUAUGCCUGCAACUGGCAGAUAUCAUCAGCUACCUGACAGCUGCCAGUUUUCUGCAGAUGCAGCAUAUUAUAGACAAAUGUACACAGAUCCUGGAGGGCAUUCAUUUCAAAAUUAACGUGGCUGAGGUUGAAGCAGAAUUAAGUCAAACGAGGACAAAGCAUCCAGAGAGACCUCCAGAGUCUCACAGGGUCACACCAAAUCUAAACCGCUCCCUUAGUCCACGACAUAAUACGCCAAAGGGAAACCGGCGAGGUCAGGUUAGUGCUGUGCUGGAUAUCAGGGAGCUCAGUCCUCCUGAGGAGUCCACCAGCCCUCAGAUAAUUGAACAGAGUUCUGAUGUCGAGAGCCGGGAGCCCAUUCUUCGGAUCAACCGAGCAGGACAGUGGUACGUGGAGACAGGAGUAGCAGACCGAGGGGCCCGGAGUGACGAUGAAGUGAGGGUUCUUGGAGCAGUACACAUCAAAACUGAAAAUCUGGAGGAGUGGCUUGGGCCUGAGCAUCAGCCUUCUGGAGAAGAUGGGAGUAGUGCAGAGGAAGUGACAGCCAUGGUGAUUGACACCACCGGCCAUGGUUCUAUAGGACAGGAAAAUUACACUUUAGGAUCUUCAGGAGCCAAGGUGGCUCGGCCAACAAGCAGUGAAAUUGACAGAUUUAGCCCCUCCGGCAGUCUUGUUCCCUUGACCGAGAGACACAGAGCCAGAAGUGAGUCUCCUGGGAGAACGGAUGAACCUAAGCAGCCCAGCUCCCAGGUAGAAGAGUCAGCAAUGAUGGGAGUAAGUGGCUACGUAGAGUAUCUCCGAGAGCAGGAAGUAUCUGAGCGAUGGUUCCGGUACAACCCCCGUCUCACCUGCAUCUACUGCGCCAAAUCUUUCAACCAGAAGGGGAGCCUGGACCGCCACAUGCGCCUGCACAUGGGGAUCACACCAUUCGUCUGCCGCAUGUGUGGCAAGAAGUAUACCCGGAAAGACCAACUGGAGUAUCAUAUCCGCAAGCACACAGGCAACAAGCCCUUUCACUGUCAUGUUUGUGGCAAAAGUUUCCCCUUCCAGGCCAUCUUGAAUCAGCACUUUCGCAAAAAUCACCCUGGCUGUAUACCCCUGGAGGGGCCUCAUAGCAUCUCCCCUGAAACAACUGUCACGUCUCGAGGACAGGCCGAGGAAGAGUCACCUUCACAAGAAGAGACAGUUGCUCCUGGGGAAACCGCCCAGGGCUCUGUGUCCACCACUGGGCCAGACUGAAACAUUGAGGGGGAGGGGGCAGACCCUCUUCCCCUUUGGGCAGUAAGCAGCCAGCAUCAGGGCCGUGGGCUGGUACUUAGAUUCACAAAAUGCCACAUCACUAGGUCGGAAGAUGCUCCCAAGAUGUUGCCAAACUAGAGGAUCAGCAACAUAACAGAAGUACUAGAGGCUCUUCCCUUCCUCCUUCCCACCUCACACUUUGGAAAAUAAUCAAGUAAAUCAACUUUCUAAUUCAGGGAUCAACAGCCUUGGUUUGUUAACUUUAUAAGAAAAAAAAUUUUUAACAAAACAAUGAUAAAUGGUCAUUUAUCUACCAGUCAUGUUUGAACACUGUACUUUGGUCCAUACUAUCCUGGUGGCUGUAAUUGCCCAGAUCUAACAGACACAGCAGGAGCCUUGGUCAUCUGAACCAGCCAGACAUGAGAGAAGGAAGUAAUCAUGAGGAUGAGGAGGAGGAGGACUUUCUUCUCUUCCUUCCCUGCCAGAACAUGCAGUUUCACGUUUCAAGAAGGCAAAAAAAGAAUCCUGGUGGUUCUUAUUGUUGUGGAAGGUUAGACCUUAUCUUUGCCCUGACUAGGCAUCUGAUACUUUGCCUGGUUGUUUCGUGUAAGCAGCCAUCUUGGAGCAGUAUUCUAGUGGGCAGCAUCACCUGAAGCACUUUAGGCAACUGGAAGUGAAAUGAGCAGCCAAGUGUUUGCAGUAGGUACUGCUACAUUGAGGAGCUUGAGUGUUGUGUUGAGGAAGAGGGGAGCAGGGAAGGAAGUGUUUUUGUUUUGCAAAUGUCGAACAGCACAGAGCAGUACUGCAACUUCCUGAUUGGUAUUGGUAAACCAUAGUGCUCAUAUAACUUCGGGUGUUAGGAAAUGGCUCUAGUCCAGAUGAAUUAAUGUGUUAGGCUGACUACCAAAGUUUCGUCCAGUCUCUUCGGCUCCUAGAUUCACAUAACAGCAAUAUUAUACAUCAAAAACGUCUCUUUCCGGUGAAAUGAGCCUGGAUUGUAUUUUUAAAUCCACAGGUCUCCAUGUUUGAUAACUUUUAUAUGAAGUUUUAAACACAUUUUUUCCACAAUAUUGUGGUUGAAGAAAUUCAACACUAUGGUUCUUACUGCAACCACAAUACCAUUUCCUUCUGCAUAUGUAAUAGUUUAUAUUUUCAGUCCAAUAGAAGAACCUCACUAAAUCCAUGUCUCAUGUCUGCAAACCUAGUAAUUCAUAAGCCAACCAUCAGCAAAUUGCUGAUGACUCCAAGAGCUUUGCUUUUUAAUAAUAUACUACAGGGCAUUUACCAGAAAACAUCAUGCACAAUCAUGUUGCAAUAAAUUGAUCAAGGGAUCACUUUUGAUCAGGUUUGGUUACUUAAUCAUUCCUAAGACUUUUAAAACUUUAAGGGACCUUUUUGGUAAUCCUGGGUAUUUCUGAGAUUUUUUAUCCAGCACUGAGAGUCAGAAAGAAUUUACCAAACAUGUAGAGCUUUAGAUGCCCUGUUUUGCAUGCAGAGAAUGAAGGAGGAUUAUUAAAGGAUGCAGGCAAGUAGAUGUUACAGUACAAGUUACAGUGCAAAUAGAAAAAAGAAAAAUAUCUAGCUUCUCUUAAUCUCUAAUUUUUUUAAAGCAUAUUUAAAUAUGUAGUGGUUUAAGAAAUUGUUUUGGUGCAGAGGCAUAGGUGAUUGUAAAAGAGAUUUGGGAGAGGGGCUGGUCAUGCCUGCACUGGUGAGCCAUUUGUGAGAAUGUUAGCAGUGUGCUCCCUUCCUGAGAGUGCUUUGUGGUAUGUGGAAAGGUGGGUAGAAAAGAAGGGCAUUUCUUUGAUGAUAGGAAAUUAGAAUGCAAAGGGUCACUCUUAAGCAAUCUGAGAAUUGUAUAUAUACAUACAGCUGCACCGUAUCACUAGAGAAUGGUUAUUUUCUCUUCUGGAAAAACAUAAAAAUGCAUAUUUUAAUAGGAACAUAAUGAUGUUACCAUUUGAUGAGAACCUACCCUUAAACAUAGUGUUGAAGCUGUAUUUUGUCUUUAGAAAACAGACUGGGGCACUCUCCUCCUUACUUGGGCAACAAUGCGAUAGGAUAAAAACUGUCACCUAGGGCCAUCUUAGGGACCAGCUGUGUUCUGUGGCAUAGAAAAAGUGGAGUUGAAAUUAGACUAAAAUGUUUAGGGAAACAUUUGGUAAUCAAGGCUUUCAGUGGACAGUUUUGCCAUUACUAAAUAGGCAAGGAGGUGAGAAGUACAGAAUAUGCUGCUUUAGAUGGAGCUUUUAAGCCUACCAAAAAAAUUUUAAGUCCAUCCUACUUUUGGGAAGUAGUAUACUGGAAAGUUCUUUAUUGCUUUGUUAGUUUCUUAGAUUUUUAUGUGAGAAAAUAGAGCGUUUUAAACUAUUACCAAAUUGUGAAGGUGAAGUGCAGUAAUUUCUGUAAAGAGAAACUUUGCAGCCUUUGUCAGUACUCCAUCCGUGGUUAGCAACAAGCAUUUUAAAUGAAGUAGGGACUGUCUAAGAGAUGUGGAAAUGCUGUGAGUGUUUUCCCAGUUCCCCCUCCCUUUUCAUUCCCUUCUAAUAGGUUUUUGCUGUAUUGAUACUGUGAAUAGAGUGCUCGCCGGCCAUCUAGGACCAUUUCAGCACAAUCCUGUUUGCUGGUUCUCGCCUCCUAAUUGGCCUGCCCAGAGCCAUGAAAUUCAUGAAGAUUCAAGCCAGGCUAGUUUUUCAACAAAUUAAAGUUUCUAAAAGCAGUUUCCCCAUUUUAGUUAGAUGAGAUAUUAUAGUUCUAAAUAACUAUCCAAGAUUCUUAUCCAGGUUCACUGUGACGUUGUCCUAGUUCUUAGCUAACAUCACUGUAGGUCGUAGGAGUUAGUAGUGUUCUAUCUACAUUAAUGAAUAGCUAUAUUGGUGUAUGCACAGAGGAUACCUCUCUUAAGGAUGUACUAAAUGGACUUUAGCUAAUGCUGAAAAGUCAUUACCAAAUCUUAACUUGCACAUGUCACCUUGUGAAGGGAACUGCAUUAGCAAUGAGAGCUAAAUCAUUAAGUACUUUAAUGCCGUGAAAUAGCAAACACUGGGACCGUGUUCGUUCAUUGAGUGGCACUUAAUAGCAAAGGAACUACCCAGUCUACUCAGCAAAAGAAGAGAGAUGGCAAUAUAUUUAUCUACUUUCAUUCUAAGAGGUACCUUUUAUUCUCUCUGAACUCUGAUAGCAGUAUAAAAUAUAGCAUUGGCAUGAACAGAAACACUGUACUUAGGCAGCAAGGCUCUUUCUAAUGACUUGUUCUCUCUUUACUCAGAACCAUAUUUACCUCUGAACUGAGUUGAGUUUUAUUUUAUGUAAGUGGCAAAAUACCCCCACCCCAUUUCUUUAUACCAGAAGAUUGAAUCUAAUUUUGAAUAGUAGAAAUUAAUUAGUUCCUAAAGGAUAAAGAGUGGAAAAGAAGAGAGAGAGCAAUUAAGGAAGGUUUUCUUGUUAUUUUGUUUUUUAAUAUUUUUUAAUGUUUCCAGUUCCCUCUGCAUCAGUGAAACAGGGUUCCCAAAGAUGGUAUGACAAUAGAAAUAAACCAUUUUCCUCCUAACUUCAUAGUUGAAAUCUGGCUUUGGUUGGAAGUGGUCUGUGGAAGAGUGAAAUAGUGAACUUCAUCCUUAAUAGCUGAAUAGUGUUUGGUCAAGAAAUAACUUUUAAAAAGUUUUAGGUGUUACUUGACACUAAUUUUGUUUCUUUUAACUGGUAAAAAACUACAUUUUGUUUGACUAGAAGAUCUAAUUUAAAGAAAUAAAAGCAAUGGGUAGUGGAAAGGAAAUUAAAUUGAACGAAGACAAAGGUCUUCUUAAUCACAGUGGAAAGGCAUUUAGUCAGGAAGGAGUUGGAAUCCCGGAAGUUUUUCUUUUUUCAGAUACAACAGAUGUGAUUUUUUUUUCUUCCUCAAAUGCCCAUCUCCUUAUCUGUGUACUUAUUAGUUCAAGGAAUAACAGAUAAGUCUUUAGUGAACUCAGUCUUUGAAAAUGGAGCUCUUUACUUAUGCCAUGUGGGUAAGAGUACAAAAUAUUGAACCAUUUCAGUUGCUGAGAUUUAGAAAAGGGACAAGUAAUUAAGUCAGGUAAAUCCCUAAGUUUGAGAGGAUGCCCCUUAGCAAAAUAUAUCCCUAGGACUUAUGAAUUAGAUCAGGGUUCAUCAAACUAUAGCCCCGAGGCCAAAUUCUGAGGCCACCUGUUUGUGUAAAGCAAGUGACAGUGGAACAGGGCCACACCUAUUCAUUUAGCUGUUGUUUAUGGCUGCUUUCUACUGUAAUGGCAAAGUGAGUACUUGUGACAGAGACCACGUGGCUUGCAAAGCCUGAAAAUAUUUACUGUCUGGCACUUGACAGAAAAGUUUGCCAAUUCCAGAAUUAGAUUCGAAAGAAUUACCCCCCAAAUUUGUCACUCCUGCCAUUUUGCCUUUAUAAUAGUUGAGUUGAGGUUUUCAAUUCCUACCAUAUAUGCAUCAGUUUCGUGAAAGAGUUUACCAUCUUUUUCUAGAUCCUUUGCUCAUACUCCUCUUCGUGCUCCCUCUUACUGAUCCCCAUUGCUUUAAAAGCAUUUAGGAUAGGCCUUCCGAUUUGUCCUUGCCUUGAAGGUGCAGGUAGAUUAAAGUUUAGGGCGGUAGUUACAGAUAUAACAGUAAUUUUUAAAAAUAGUUCCCAUGCAUAAUAAUGUAGGGUUAAAUGAGUACCAUGUUUACAUAAAAUACUAUAAAAAAGUUAAUGUUUUCAUAAGUAAGUUUUGCCAUUCCCCUGAGUUAACUUGAACUGGUUUGCUUAAUGAUGGCAAGAAUGAAUUUAUUCCCACUACUAUUAAAAAUUAAUUUCUGUUAUGAAUAAGUGGUUUGAUUCUUAUCCACAGUACUGUUUUUCUAGAUUAGAAGCCUCUACCCUUUUCCUGUACCAUAAAUCUUCAUUUUAAUUUCCUCAAGUAAACUCACUCUGUUCCAUGUAGAGUAGUAAAAAGCCAAAUAUUCCCUUUUUGUAGUGAAUAUUUUAAAACGUAAUGAAACAUCUGAGGAUUUCAGAUUCUUCUUAGACCUAUCUUCCAAUUUCUGUUACUGUCUGUAAUUCUCUAAAUAUGUAUUGGGCCAUUAUGAAUUUGCUGUGAAUGUUUAUUCCUAUUGUUCAAAUAGCUUAUUUAUGCCAGAUGUGGAAAAAAUGAAAAAUGUUAGAAUGAUGAUAAACAGAAUUCCUUGCAAGAGGAGAGUAUAAUUUCUCCCCAUUUGGAAAUAAUACAUGGAUUUCUGAGUUAAAUUGAUUUAUCUGGACAUGUGUUCUAGGCCAUGCUGAUACAUUACAGUGAGUUUGAUUCUUUGUUGGGAGCUCUACCAACACAAAAGUUUGGAGGAGUGACCUAGCUUCUGAUAGGGCACCUCUUCACUAGGCAUUUUAUUCUUAAAGUUGCCUUUUUCUAAGUUGGUUAUUAGUAAGUUUUAUAUGAUAUACCCUCAGAGUGAUAAAUAAUCCUCAUCUAUAAGAUUCCAGAAUAUUUGCCUAGGUUAAAUCUGCCUUGUCUUAAGCCACUUAUAGUAAUAGUGGGCUCUUGAGAUUUUGGAGUGUUGCUUUUCUAAUUAACUUGUGAUUCUGAUUAAUCUGGGAUAUAGGUCUUGUGAAAGAAAUUGGAUUUAGAUAGCCCAAUGACUCAUCUGCAUCCAACUCUAUUUGAGAUCUUGGUAAUAGAUGUCAUUUAAAUAUGAAUUUGCCAAGCAUUAUGACUUCUUUGGUAAUUAUCAGUCUUAUGUUUUGCCUUCUUUACUUUUUGGUCUGUUUCUCAGUUUUCAGUCUCCUUAUUCUUAUGUGGUGUAAUACUUUUACUUUGCAAUAAGUAGGUUUUCUUGCCCAGGACAAGCCAGAGUUGGGUAUUAUGAGUACUUUGAAACACCUGACUUAGUUACAUUCCAAAGGAUGUAAUUGUUGAUAGGAGCAGUGAUAUCAAAACCUGGAAGACAUCUGCAUAGGCUAUCCAGUUUUGUUGUGUAGGCAGACUAUCUUUUCCCUCAGCUGUGAGGAACAGCAAUGACUUAGAAAGCAAAUAUUACUUAAAAUAUACAUUAUCUUCACUGAGGGUAUAUAUAUAAAUAAAUUUAUCUCACAUCUUCCCCAUUAUCUAUAUAACAAAUACCACCCAUCUUAACACAGUUAAGAAAGGCCCACUAGUUCAAAUAUUGGAAGCUUUAAACAACGAAGCUAAGUUAUAAAGGCAAAGCAGUUAAUGAAAAAGAACCUUUUCUAAUGCUUGCUUCUUUCAUGUCUACUCGGUAAGUGCUGUUGAGGAGGCUGGAAUUUACCAUCCGGUUAAGAGAGACGUACGUACGGUAUUUCAUAUGGCCAAGAGCACAAUUUAAUAUACUGUGUCUUAGAAUCUGAAUUAAUCCAUAAUGCCAAAAGUCAAAGUAUCUCAUGGGAAAUGUUUCCUAGUCUAUGAAAUCACUUAUCUUAAGUGAUAAGUAGCGUACAGGAGAAUCUGUUCCACUCAGUAAAUAUUAAGUACUUCUUGGUACUAGACAAUGUGCUUGGAUUUGUAUAACAAAAUUGAUUUUAAACAUAGUUUAGAUGUGAAUUCCUGUACUUAUGAGUCCUAACCUGUUUGAUUGGAGUCUGGAUAUAUGCUUUCUAAAAGCCUGCACUUUCACUAAGGAGAUAAAAGAUCAAAAAGAAGGAGAGAGCAUUAAGUGCUUUAGUGACUUAAUCACAGUUAAUCCUCAGAAUAAUCCUAUGAGGUAAUAACAAGAACUAAAAAUAGCUGACUGUUUUUGAAUGCUUACUAUGUGCCAGGCCUAGUUCUGUGUAAUUCACAUUGAUUAACUCAUCUAAUCCUUAUGACAAUCCCCUUAGGGGGAUCCUGUUAUUACCCUCACUUUAGAGAGGAAGAAAUUGAAACAUAGAGAGGCUGACCCCAAGCAGUCAAACACUAGAGUUGACCCUCUUAAUAGACUAUGUUGUCUUUAGUAGGUGUAAUUAGACCACAUUUUAUAGGUGAGGAAGUUGAUGAGCCCAAGGUUACAUAACGGAUAAAUUGCAGAGCCAGUAUUUACCAAUCUGAUUCCAAAGCCCACACUUUCUCUACUACAUCAUAGUGACUCUUUACUUAUAAAGAGUCGAGAUGAACUGGAAUAUACAAUAGCCGGUAACAGGACUGCUUUUAGUGAACUUUUUUUGUGUGUGUGUGUGAGGAAGAUCAGCCCUGAGCUAACAUCCAUGCUAAUCCUCCUCUUUUUGCUGAGGAAGACUGGCUCUGAGCUAACAUCUAUUGCCAAUCCUCCUCCUUUUUUUUUCCCCCAAAGCCCCAGUGGAUAGUUGUAUGUCAUAGUUGCACAUCCUUCUAGUUGCUAUAUGUGGGACGUGGCCUCAGCAUGGCCGGAGAAG